AUGGACAGUAGCUGCCACAACGCGACCACCAAAAUGUUAGCGACUGCUUCAACCCGGGGCAACGUGAUGAGCACAUCCAAACCCUUGGCUUUCUCCAUCGAACGAAUUAUGGCGCGCACCCCCGAGCCCAAGGCCCUGCCUGUCCCUCACUUCCUGCAGGGAACCGUGCCCAAGGGGGACCCCAAGCACUCUCUGCAUAUCAACUCGUCGAUCCCCUGCAUGAUCCCCUUUGUGCCUGUGGCAUACGACACGAGCUCCAAGACAGGAGUGACCGGCUCAGAGCCGAGGAAGGCGAAUCUGGAGGCCCCGGCGGCGCCCGCGGUGGCGCCCUCAGCACCAGCGUUCAGCUGCAGCGACCUGCUCAACUGCGCUCUGAGUCUGAAGGGCGACCUGGCCCGCGACGCACUACCGCUGCAGCAGUACAAGCUGGUAAGGCCGCGUGUGGUCAACCACUCUUCCUUCCACGCCAUGGGCGCCCUGUGCUACCUGAACAGAGGUGAUGGCCCGUGCCACCCGGCAGCCGGCGUGAACAUCCACCCGGUGGCCUCCUACUUUCUCAGUUCCCCUUUGCACCCGCAGCCAAAAACAUAUUUAGCCGAAAGAAAUAAACUGGUGGUCCCGGCGGUGGAGAAGUAUCCUUCCGGAGUAGCUUUCAAGGACCUGUCCCAGGCUCAGCUGCAGCAUUACAUGAAAGAAAGCGCCCAGCUUCUGUCAGAAAAAAUUGCGUUCAAAGCCUCAGAUUUCAGCCGAGGAUCUCCUAAUGCCAAGCCCAAAGUUUUCACUUGUGAAGUGUGCGGAAAGGUCUUUAACGCGCACUAUAACUUAACCCGUCACAUGCCGGUGCACACAGGAGCCAGACCCUUCGUUUGCAAAGUGUGUGGAAAGGGCUUCCGACAAGCCAGCACCUUGUGCAGGCACAAGAUCAUUCACACGCAGGAAAAACCUCACAAAUGCAACCAGUGUGGUAAAGCAUUUAAUAGAAGUUCCACUUUAAACACGCAUACCCGAAUACACGCUGGCUACAAACCGUUUGUGUGUGAAUUCUGUGGCAAAGGAUUUCAUCAAAAAGGGAAUUACAAAAACCACAAGUUGACCCACAGCGGGGAGAAGCAGUUCAAGUGCAAUAUCUGUAACAAGGCUUUCCACCAGGUUUACAAUCUCACCUUCCACAUGCACACCCAUAACGAUAAGAAGCCUUUCACCUGCCCCACGUGCGGCAAGGGCUUUUGCAGGAACUUUGACCUCAAGAAGCACGUCCGCAAGUUGCACGACAGCAGCCUGGGGUUGGCCCGCGCGUCCGCUGGAGAGCCCGGCAGCGACCCGCCUCCGCCCCCGCUACAGCAGCAGCAGCCCCCAGCGACUCUGCCACCUCUGCAGCCUCCGCUGCCGCCCCCUGGGUCUCUGCAGCCCGGGCUUCACCAGGGCCACCAGUGA